GAAUCUAUGAGGCUGUAACUUCCGAAACUUUAAAAGCUUACAAAUUAAUUGCAGCCUAAAUUCUGAAGAAUCUGCGAGAAGUGAACUAAAUGUCAUAUUUACCGCAUUUACGUUGUGACCUUCGCAGUUGUUAUAAUUCUUGUAAAUGCUGUUGUACGCUGUUCACAUAUGGAGGAGGUCCGUACAGUGACGCUUAAAUCGAAUUCUUCUUUCAGUGCUGCACAGCGCCGUGGUGAUCACAUAGAAACUCACAAACGAUGGGCUGCUGGUCAGAAUAAACAGAAAACUAUAGUCAAAAACCCGAGCAAACUUGAAGAGGAUACUGAGGAUCUUCAUAAUGAUUUGGUGGAUAUAGACAUUGGCAAGAUCAUAAUGCAGGCACGGCAAGAGAAGAACCUGACGCAGAAAGACUUAGCCACCAAAAUUAAUGAAAAACAACAAGUGAUUGCUGAUUAUGAACAAGGCCGUGCAGUGAAAAAUCAAGCCAUCCUGUCGAAACUGGAGAGAGCCUUGGGAGUUAAGCUAAGAGGAAAAGACAGAGGCAAGCCACUGGGAGGUACGAAGAAGACUUAACUCGGAUUAAAUUUAUUACGCUACUCGCGAUUAGUAUCAUCUGUCUUUAUAUCUUUCGAAGUAAUGUAUAUUAACCCAUCUUCCAGGGAAAUCCCUAUAGCUUCAUUUCUGAUAACUUAAGACACCUGUCAGUUAUUGUUCAUCUAAAUACAAAGUAUGGUCUGUUAAUUCACCUUAUCAAUUGCACUGGUCACUAAUUCAGUCGUUUUUUUCCGAAUGUCACGUGGUUAGAAUAUCUAGAAAUGUCCUGCGUGGUACUCAAGUAGAACUCAAGGUAGUACUUCAAUGCAUCACUAUGUUCUUCGAUGAUUUAAUUCCAAAUGUCGCGAAUUAUUU